AUGCCGAUGUUCAGCCGGGACAAGCGCAACAAGAAUCGAGUAAAGCGAGGCGCCACUGGAGCGCUGCACAUAGUAACCAAUCAUGCACAACCAAUACACGCUGAUGUCAAAUCUGAAGUUCCAACUGAUAAUACGGAAAAAACUGGUGAACAGACGGAAUUGGAACAUCCGCUCAAUGUGAACAAAAGGGAAAAGCAGUACCUUAUAGAAGAUGAUCCCUUCGAAGGAUCAGAGCAGAGGAGAGAUGGAAGACAAAGUACUCCUAAAAACAAUCAAAUCGAUUCUAACCCAAGUUCAAAUGCUGCAAAAGUACGCUAUCAACCUAAAAUACUGACUGCGCCACCUAAACCAACAAUGAAACCAAUGCUUACUAAACCGCUUCGGGUAGACAAAACACCACAAAGAAUUCCAACAAAAAUACCUAUCGUUCUCAAAUCGGCUAAAGUCGUACCCACUCCAGCAAAUGCUUUACGAAUGAAGAUAUUGGAAAGUAAAUAUAAUGAAACGCUUGCUAAUCAAGAGAAACAAGAAACCAAUACUAAUCAACCUCCACAAUUUACUGUAUAUCUACUUAAUGAAAGUCAUCCCAAUUCAAAUGAUAACGAAAAUUUUAAUGUUAAUACAAUAUCUAGUGAUAGUACAGAUCCAAGUGACAAUACAAAUGAUAAAGAUGCUAAAGAUAGAAAAAGCAACAAUAAUGAGGAUGAGAAAAUUACACCAACUAAUAUCAAAAAACCUAUACAUUACUUCGUAGACGAACCAGAGCCGCUACCACCCAAAAUCCUACGCAUCCCUGAAAUUGAUAUCAAGGAAACAGAACCAAAUAAAAUAAAAGAGAUACCAAUAGCUAAGAAGCCCAAAAAUAAAGCUAAGAAAGAUGAAAUCAAAUCCAGAAUUUCUUCUACUGACUCUGAUGAUGAUUUAGAAAUUACAAGGAUUUCCAAUGGGACACAUUUGAUUAGUAUUAAGAAACUUCGUGAUGACGGCAGGCCAUAUCAUAAUGUCAAAGAAAUUUCAAUUGAGGAAAGAAUUAUGAAUAAACCAAUAAAACCCACACCCGUAGUAGAGACAGAACCUAGAAAGCCAGAAAAUUUUGAGCCAUAUGUUAAAGAAACCAUUACAGCUGGAGUUUUGUUAGAUGGUACUAAAAUGGAAACUAAAGAUCAAAACUGCAUAACGAUAAGAAAUCAUAAUUAUGAAGAGAUAGAAGAAAAAUCGCCUCUAUCAGAACCGAUAUCCGUUCAACCAGUGUGUAAUGAUUUCAACCAAGACUACUUGAGAUACCUCCAAAAUUCUUAUUAUAACCCUUAUUACCAAACCAUUAACGACCAAUAUCGAAGGAACUAUGGAUUAAUACGAAGCUCACCAAAUAUUUAUUUGGCUGACAAUAACAAUCCUUGUGUAAACAACGAAGAAAUAAUCCAACCGAAUUACGAUUCGAAUAAUGAAUAUGGAAAUUCCGAAAACAUUAACGUUAUUCAACAAGAAGUUGACUCAUAUCCAGAAAAUAGUCCAGAAAAUAUUUUAGACAGAAAAUGGAAGAACUGGAAAGACGUUGAAAUCAAAAUAAGAAAUGCUAAAAUUGCUGAGCCCUAUGAUAUCGAUAUAAGAUCUAUGGCCCAAAAUAGUGAUGACAUUUUAAAGAACGGAUUGACCGAUGGUGAAUCAACGCCAUCUACUGGUCGAUUCGGGAAUUUAUAUAACAGAAAUGGAAUUGUUUAUCCAUAUUUCAAACCUAGCUAUAAAAAUGCUCAUUGA